AUGUAUGCAAUCCGGCCGUCAGCUUCGUCAAUCCUCCCAAAAUGCAGCAUUCUCGCCAGCAGCUGCCAUUCCCUCCUCCUGCUUCCUAUCACCGAUAGGUCCCACGUUACCCGCCUUGAGCCCCAUCACAAACCCCAAUCCCGUUUCUAUGCCACCAAUGCCCACCACAGCUGGCCGACCAAGCCGAUUUCCCAACUAACCCCGUAUGAAAUCUUCAACCAACCUCAUUUAUCAAUCUAUCACAAAGUACAUUUCUACCAAUUAGUCAAACUCUACCAUCCAGAUUGUAUCCCACCAUCCGACCAUCCAUGUUCAUUACUCUCCAAAACCACAAGAACCGAAAGGUUCCGUCUCAUCGUCGCUGCAAAUACGCUUCUAUCCGAUCCAGCGAAGAAAAAAGCAUACGAUGAUUUCGGGGUAGGUUGGAACACCGUUCCACGACAUACGGAUUUUAAACGACGUACUGCUGCAACAUAUGCUUCCGGACCUUGGAAGAAUUCUCCAGCUGGGAACGCGACAUGGGAGGACUGGGAAAGAUGGUAUAAAGCUGAAGGUAUGGGUGGCGGUAGCGGGAAUUACUACUCUUCGCCGGGUGGAGGCACUUCCACUGGUGAGCAUGCUAGUGCUGCAGAGCCUAUAACCGCGCAUAAGAAUUUUGUGACGAUUAUUAUGUUGCUGUCCUUCACGGGGAUAUUGAUACAGUUGUCAAGGGUGGACCAGUUUAAUACGUCAUAUGAGGAGAAGAGAGAUAGGAAGAAUAGAGAUAUCCAGAGGGAUCUGUGGAGGAUAAGGAGGGAUGAUGUGGGUAAAGAUGGCAGGGUACAAGCAUUUCUGAAGAUGAGGGAUCCGGAGGGGUACGGUGGGGUAGAAGCGGUGAGGGAGGAAAGGAUGAAGAAGCUACUUCCCGAGGGAGAGGUUUGUCUGAGUGAUGGUAUCGAGGGGGGUGCUAAAUAG